AGCAAAGGACCUUGUGAAGAUGCUGGAGGAAACAGGGUUCCCUGGCUGUAUCGGAGGGUCCACCAGACUCAUCACCAGAACCGGAUCACCUUCGCCCUGACUGCCCAGGACGCCAGCCCGGCUGAGCUACUCUCCCUGCAGAUGCUGGCCCUGAGCAGUGCCUGGGUGGUAGGCUGCCACCCUCUGAGUGAGGCCCUGUUCCACCUGCUCAACACCUGGCUGGCCAUAGAGGACCACUGUGGCUACGACCUGCCCUGGGCCCUCCAUAGACUACUGCCCUGCUUCGGAGGGGCCCCCUUCCACCAGGCACACCACCAUGUCUACAGGGGGAACUAUGCCCCCUACUUCAGGCACUGGGACUGGCUCUGUGGGACCUACCUGAGGGUGAGGGAGGAGGCUGGGAGUAAACAUGGAGGGAGGACAAUGAGGAGAAGGAGAAGAAGGAAGAGCCUUGGAUCUGACUGUGUGUGUGCACAGGCGUGAAUGUGUUAAAAUGGAUGUCAUCUAUGAAGCAAACAAAGAACUGACAUGUCAGGUAGCAUCAUUAGUACAGUCAGUACAGGCUAACACAUGGGCUAUGUGUGCGUGCGUGUGUUUGGAAAUUACGGGUGGUUAUAGGUUGAUUCAUAUGGAAUAUUUGACGAGCAUUAGAUAUAAAGAGACAAUGCUGGUAAUUUGUCUAAAUUGGCAUGUUUGGAAUAAACUGUUAAUAUAUUGUUAUAAUCACUCUACUCUCUUAAGCCAGGCUAUAUAUUCUACUGUCACUACCAGGUUAUCAACUUUAUAAUCAUCAAUAUAGUUUAUACUCCGCUCCAUAAUGUGAAUAAAUGAGUAGAAACAAGUUUUGUUUGUACCUUGCAGAGGUAUACUAUAACCUCUCAGAAUCAUUUAUAAGUCACAAACUGUAAAUUGAAUCCAGACAUUUCAUCUUUAUGUAUUUUUAGUCUCUGUUUCGUGUCUGUAAUCUAUAACAACAGUUAUGAAAAUGGUAUUGGAGAACUAGUAUCAGCCUGCUCAUGAGGGCCUCUCAUUCAGCAAUUUCACUUGGCAUUUUGGCAGCUUGAAUUCCAGCCAUUGCCAACUCACACUUCAUACAGGGAAAAGAUAUUGAGGUUUUAAGUUAGUCAAGCUUCCUCAGUCGCUCUGGAUAAGAGUGUCUGCUAAAUGCAAAUUUAAAUAAGAGGAUGGUCUAUUUCCAGAGGUGUGGACUCUUGUCACAUGACUUGGACUCGAGUCUGACUCCUGUCACAAAUUUGCUGACUUGAGACUCAACUUGAUAAAAAAAUAAAAUAACUUGAGACUUGAUUUGGACUUGAAGCCUCAAGACUCAGAUCUCGACUUUGACUUUUAGAAACGUUUUGUCAUUCAUUUUGUGGCACAGAGUCUCUGUGGAUUACUCUCCACGCAGCCAGAGAGAAUAUUGCACUUGCAAAAAAACAGAUUUUUUUUUUUUUCAUAUAUAUUUUUAUAGACUACAUAUACAGUGGGGAUGUAGUGUC